GUUGCGAGUGCGAGGAGUAAACUAAAUCAUGUUUCAGACAAAAAGACAUAAACCCAGAUAUUUCAUACAAAUCCAAAGCUUACACAUCGGUGGUGUCAAAAAUCACACCAAAGUCGUGGCAAUAAAACACAAACACAGAUCGCUGCGUAGUCAACCCUCCCACUUACACGCAACUUGCAACAUGUGUCUUCUUUACCAUCAUCACGGCAGCACGCACCGUAGAACGAAAAUGACGUCGUUUAUAUUAAAGCCGCCAUGAACCGUUCCUCGGAUAUGCCAACAGCUGCAGACGCUACUCACGCCAUACGUGCUGCCAAAUAUACCGCCACAGAUGUUACAGUCACCACCACCCAAGCGCAUCGUCGCCUGCAACGCUGUUACCAGACACUGUGACCUCCCACCUCACGUUUUACAGCCAACAGGUACCUAAUAUUCAAAACAGACAGCUGGUAUUCGCUAAAUGCUGCCAUGGCGAAUGGCUACUCAGCCAUGACUAGAAAGAUGCGUCCGAUUCUUCCUUUUCGUCCCUAGGCAACAUUUAGCGUUCCGCUAGUUUAAACUUCUUUUUUUAGUGGUCCUCAUCUGGCUUUGCAAACUCUUCGCUUUGCGUCUUGUCACAUAGUCUCACCUGCUACAAACGCCGUCGUGGGGGUCGUGCCUUGCAGCCUUGACCGGUCUCUAUAAACUGUGCUCAUGACCCAAAUCGCACGGCACCAAGGGACAAACUCAGUCCAAUAUACGCGAAUUCCGUCUUCAAACGCUCGGUACAUUGCUAAUCCCCAGAGCAUUCGACUCAAUCGACUUCAACCCAUCAUGGCUUGCAGACCAAGCAUUUGUACAAUGUCCUUGGGGCGUUGCUUCGCUGGCCACUCCCUGGACAACAAGCUUCGCCUAGCACGCCAAUACGGAUUCCAGGGCAUUGAGCUCUUCUACGAAGAUCUCGUCGAUGUUGCGGUCAAGAUCUUUGGCGACGACUCAAAACCUAACCAGCUACUGGCUGCCGAAUACAUCCACCAACUAUGCGCCGAUUUGGACCUUGAAAUCCUUUGCCUACAGCCCUUUAUGCACUUUGAAGGACACAACGAUAGAUUCAAGCAGCAGAGCAACCUGUUAGAGCUUCUGUUUUGGGUAGACCUCGUUCAUGCCCUCGGCACCGAUCUCAUCAUCUUUCCAAGCAACUUUCUAGGCAAGGAAACCGUAUCCACGGAAUUCAACGUCAUUGUUGAAGAUCUUCGCGAAGCAGCAGAUCUAGGUCUACAGAGCACACCAGUCGUACGCUUCGCAUACGAGGCUCUGUGCUGGGGCACAGCCAUCGAUACCUGGGAAGCUAGUUGGGAAGUCGUCCGCGGAGUCAAUCGCCCCAACUUUGGCAUCUGCCUGGAUGCUUUCAACAUUGCCGGUAGGCUCUGGGCAGAUCCAGCAGCAGUUGGUGGCCUUAACAAGGGAUGCCGCCGGGCUCUUCACCGAAGCCUGCACAACAUGAUCCGCUGGCUCGACGUCGAUAAAGUUUUUCUGGUCCAGAUGGCGGACGCUGAGCGAAUGCGAAAGCCCAUUCAGCCAGGCCACGAAUUUUACAAUGCAGACCAACCAUCGCGUAUGAGUUGGUCUCGCAACACGAGAUUGUUCUACGGCGAGCCUCAUCUUGGUGGUUACUUACCUGUCCGAAAGAUCUUGGCAACCAUCAUACAUGCGGUUGGAUACCAGGGUUGGCUCAGUUUUGAGCUAUUCAGCCGCCAUUUAGCAGAUCCUGAUUCUGAAGUGCCGGAGCAAAUGGCUGUUCGUGCACAAGAUUCCUGGAUGCGGUUGUCUGCAGAACUUCAUCUCAACAGUGGCAUCCUGCGAAAGCGGUCUACCAUGCAGUUUGCGUCUACAAAAUUAUAGUUCGAGCAAUGACUGGGUCGACGUUUUAUGACCACAGCUGGGCUGCAGUGCUGGGCACUGGCCGAGGC